AGAGCUAGAUGCAUGUGCUGUUCGAGGGGGAGGGGGAGGGGGAGGGGGGGCGCAAUGGAGCAGAGUGGACAACCUUCUGGAGACAUCCUUGCCUGAGCAUGUGGCACAUGAGAUCCUUGGCCUCCGGCGAGAUUGACGCGGAGGCGCGCAGCGGGAACCGCAGGCACGGACUCGAAGAUCGCCCCCGCAGUGGCGCCGUGGAAGGGCAGGGGAAAGUGUUGGGAGAAGAAAGGACUCUGCCCUGAAGCCCGUGACUUCGCCCCGUGAAAUCACCCCGUGACGGUGGAUGGAUCCCCUGACUUCGCCCCGUGAAAUCACGAGGCAGCUGCUUCGCAGUUGCUCCACACGGUCUUUGUCCUCACCCAUUCUCUCACCAAUCGCUCCCUCCCCGAAUAGGCAGCUCCUCCGGCGGGCUCCCUCUCGGAUCCAUCUGCUCACCGCCGCCGGCUUGCAGCUUCAGCUAGGAGAGCCAUCAGCCAGAGAGAGCAAGGCAUGCAUGGAGCUAGCGACGGCGGCGCUGGGCAGCCUCCUCCCCAAGCUGGGCAGCCUCCUCACCGAUGAAUACAAGCUGCAGAAGGGGCUCAGGGGUGAGAUCAAGUUCCUGCAAGCCGAAAUGGAGAGCAUGCAGGCUGCCCUUGACGAGGUGUCCAAGCGGCCUGCACAUCAGAUUCGUGACCUUGAUAAGAUCUGGGCGAGGGACCUGAAGGAGCUGUGCUAUGACAUUGAGGACAGCGUUGACACUUUCAUGGUGCGCAUCGAUGAUGCUCCAGUGGGUCCCAAGCCGCGUAGCUUCAGAAGGUUCUUCGAUAGGACCAUUGGCUUGUUGACAAAGGCCAAGACUCGUCAUCAUGUCGCCGAUGACAUUGAAGACAUCAAGAGCCGCAUCCAUGAGGUCGCUGCUAGGCGAGAAAGGUACAAGUUUAAAGAUAUUGCAGCGCAGCCUGACACGACGGUCAUCGAUCCUCGCGUGCCAGCUCUCUUUGAAGAAGCAGCGAAGCUUGUUGGCACAGAUGGCCCUGCAAAGAAGAUCUCCAACUUGCUAACCCAACAGAAGGAUGUGCAAAAACAGAAGCUAAUGGUCGUCUCAAUUGUUGGAGUUGGAGGCCUGGGUAAAACGACCGUUGCCAAUUUGGUGUAUGAAAGGCUUGGGGACCAAUUUGACUGUCAAGCUUUCGUCUCGGUGUCGCUGAAGCCAAACAUGAAGCAGAUUCUCGGCAGCAUACUUCGGCAAGUUAGCGAAGGCACCUGCACCAAUGCUGGAGAAAUGGAUCUGGAUGAACUUAUAAGGAGCAUCAGGAAAUUCCUCAUGGACAAGAGGUACUUCAUUGUAAUUGAUGACGUAUGGAAUGAAGAAGCGUGGAAAUUGAUCAAAUGUGCUCUGAUUGACAACAAUCUUGAUAGCAAAGUUAUUGUGACAACCCGUAAUAUUGCUGUGGCUAAUUUCUGUUCUAUUGAUGGCACUAUGUAUGAACUAGAGCCUCUCUCUGAUGCGGACUCCAAGAGGCUGCUUUGUAAAAGGGUAUUUAAUGAGGGAGAGGGAAUUCAUUCUGAACUGGAGGAGGUAGCAAAGAAAAUUUUGAAGAAGUGUGGUGGGGUACCAUUAGCUAUCAUUACUAUAGCUAGUAUGUUGGCUAGUUUACCAAACAAAACAAUGUAUGAAUGGUAUGGCGUAUACAAUUCCAUGGGUUCUGGACUUGAAAAAGACAAGAAUCUGAAGAGCAUGCGAUGGAUAUUAUCUCUUAGUUAUAAUGAUCUACCUUACCAUCUUAAGCCUUGCUUACUGUAUCUGAGCAUGUUUCCUGAGGAUUAUGAGAUCCCAAUAUAUUGGUUGGUACAGAUGUGGGCAGCGGAAGGUUUCAUUAUUGAAGAAAAGGGGAGAAAUUUGUAUAAAAUUGGAAAGAGAUAUUUUAAUGAGCUUGUUAAUAGAAGCAUGAUUCAGCUGAUGCGCAGGAGGGAUAAUGGCAGUGCAACAGCUUGCCGUGUACAUGAUAUGAUACUUGAUCUCAUCAUUUCCCUUUCAGCACAAGAAAAUUUUGUCACAAUAUCAGAAGGCCCACAGGUCAUGUCUCCAGAGUGCACGAUUCGGCGACUAUCACUGCAAGGAAGAGCAAGUCAUACUGCCAGUAAGGAAGAGCAAGUCAUACUGCCAGCAAAGGUGAACAUGUUCCAUGUGAGGUCACUCAUUGCAUUUGAUUAUGCUUUCCAAUGGAUGCCACCGCUGUCAUGCUUUUUAGUUCUCCGUGUUUUGUAUUUGCAUUGUUUUCCCAGCAAGAAUAAUCAUCCUAAGGAUCUAGGGAGUUUGCACCACUUGAGAUAUCUGGUACUAGGAGGUGAGAUUGAAGCAAAGGUUCUAGAAGAAAUUGGAAACCUACAACUUCUGAAUACAUUGGAGUUGUUGGCAACAAACAUAAAAGAGCUGCCAGCAAGUAUUACUCGGCUAAGACAACUUGAGAAUCUGUUUAUUGGUAGGGGGGUGAAAUUGCCAGAUGGGAUUGAGAAUUUAAUGUCCCUGCAAGAGUUGGGAUGGCUUGAUGUGGAAGAAUCACCGAACACUCUGGCUGAGCUAGGCAAUCUUACAGAACUGAGGGUGCUGAGAAUACACGGAUUAGAUGAUAAUGAGAGUUAUGUGAAGACUUUUCUCCAGAGCCUUUCGAAUCUACACAACCUUCACACUCUAGUUUUGAGUGGCAGAGGGAUAUGGUCCGUAGAUUUAGAUUGCAUGUCGGAUCAUUGGAGGGGCCCUGCACAUCUACAAAACUUUGAUGCAGGCAGUUUUAUAAUCAUCUCUCAGUUGCCACGGUGGUUUUCCACCCUCUCUGAAUUCUCCUUCUUAACCAUCACUGUCAAGGUGCUAAGACAGGAUGAUCUUCAACUGCUUGGAGCUUUACCUGUGCUACGCGUUCUUAAACUAGAAGUACAUCCGGAUGGUAUUAUCACUGAAGAACGGCUGGUGAUUGGUAUUGAUGAGCCCUUCCGCUCUCUAGCAGAGUUUAAUUUUAUCAACUAUUCACGAUGUUGGUUGGUGUUUGGUCAAGGAGUGAUGCCAAGGCUUCAAAGGCUUCAGUUACGGUUUGAAGUACAGAAGAGAGAAGGUGGUGGAUUUGAUAUUGGCUUGGAGAACCUGACUUCCCUUAAACAUAUCAUUGUCACAGUUAACUGUUACGGUGCCCGGAUCAGGGAGGUAGAGGAUGUAGAAACCAAGAUCAGGGAUGUGAUUGAGAUCCAUCCGAACCAUCCAACUGUUGAGCUGUCAAGAAGCAUGACCUAUCGUAUGGUACAGGAUUAGAAGUAUGGUACAGGAUGAGAACAAAGGUGACCGUGAGGCUCCGGAGCAGCAAAGUAGCGACGAUGAAAGCCACUUGCUGGCUGCCGACGAUGAAAGCGACAAUGGUAAUGAGGCUUCAGACCAAAGUUAAGCCUGACGAACGAUUGGGACUGGCACGUUUCUGAAUUUUAUUCAAUUUCUGGCAUUAAAACAUGAGCUAAUCAUAAUCUUCCUUGGAUUGCAUCAGUAUAAUUCUUGGGAUUGUUUGUGCCGUCCUGCCCUGUUUCUAUUGUCCCAGACAUCAGCCAAUUCUACACAUUCAUUUUUUCUGUAUCCUAUUCCGUGUUUUGGUUGGGCAUUUCACUUCAUCUCAUUGUUUUUGUCCAUAUUCAGUUUCUUUUUAUCAAGCACCAAACUCCUUGAUCCUUUUAUAUAUACAAAAAAAAAUACUUCGCUAUGGUUGAAAAAUGUUCAUCCCUUGCCAUCCUUAAAAAAGCUCCUUUUUAUGCUUGAAAAAUAAUUCCUUCCCUUAUUACCCUUUAAACAAAAUACCUCCUUUAUUAUGCUUGGAAAACAAUUCGUUCCAUGUAUCAACAAAAAAAAAUCCUUUGUUAUGCUUAAAAAUGAAUAUUCCCUGUUAUCCUUUAAACAAAAAAAAAAACCUCCUUUCUUAUGAUCGAAAUAUAGUCCCCUUUCUUGUUAUCCUUUUUUUUUUUGAUAAACUCCUCCUUUGCUAUGUUUGAAAAAUGAUUCACUCUAUUGCUAUCCUUAAAAAAAACUCCUACUUUCCCUCGUAAAAAAAUUACUACUUUGUUAUGCUUGAAAAAUAAAUCCCUCCUUUGUUGUCCUUAAAAAAAACUAGUCCUUUGUUAUGGUACUCCGACAUCUUUCUCUCUCAACUAAACCUAUGCUGCACCCAUGUUCAGCUGAUUCCUCAGUCCAAUAUCGCCUGCACAAUUGUUACAUUUGUAGCUCAAUUCCUUCAUGAUAGUUUUGUCAUUGGAACAAGUACCCCUGAUUCAUUUCAUUUUUUCUUGCUAUCUGCUAUGGCCCUUUGGGUUCACAUGAAUCGCUAAAUUAGCUGUCCAUUUGUUUCAUAAGAUAACUAGAUUACCUUUCUCCUCAUGUGGUUAUAUUAAAUGAGAUCUUGAUUUAAAAUCCAUAUAAAUAUAAUGUACUCAUGAAAGUUUUGGGGAUAAAAGAAAAAUUACUUGUAACUACGCAUCCCAGUACCAGAAACUUGUUUUGCGAGUCAAACUACAGUUUUUUUUUUCAUUUUGUUUUUAUAGUUUACUUUGUUUGUCCAUUUGAAGAGACUCGUACUUUUGAAUACAUUAUGCAUGUUCUCUAGCCACAUAUCUAUAUGACUGAUGCAGAUGCAUUAUUUUGCUAAUAUAUGUUUGAUUAUUUAUAUGUAUUGCAUAGAAUAUGUAAAACUGAUAGGAACACUUGUAUACAUUGGGGACUUGAGUACUAUUACAGACAACCUUAGUCACACUGCUAUUUGAACUUGGUGGUUCAGUUUUCACGAUUUAUGGUAGUAUAUAACUAAGGAUACAUUUUUUUUUCUUUGACUGAGGAUGUAUUUGAAUACAGCGAAAUAGAGUAACAGUGAUCGUACUUAUCUCUCAGGCCUCGUCUUAACUGGGACAAUACUUGAAGAUCAUAAUUGUGUUUAUCUGGAAAAUAAAACUCGCUCACUCACUAUAUUUCACUAUGUAUAGUGAAGUUCUAUCACAUGUGAUCUUUCGAUGAGUACUAUCUUAUAGUCAUGUUGAUUUUAUUCUUAUAUUCAUUGUCUGUUUUGCAGGAACAAAAUAGUGGGUCAAUUUAUCUCUUAUCAAUGGUUUAUGGGCCAGAUAUAUGUAGCAUCUUCCAAGAGAUCUAUUUACUUUGUUUGAAACUUUGACAAUUUAUUAUCACUAUGUCUUUCAAAAUGUUGGCUUGAACUUGUUUGUUUAGCGAACAUGUAAUUUUGGAUGAUGUUUUUGGUCUACUUUUGACAA